CAAAAAAUACUGAAAGAGAUUUUUGAAGAAGCAGGACUUCUAAAAGCAACAGAAGAAAAGGAAGUUGAGACACAGAAUGAGAAAAUAAGUCUGGAAUUUGAAACAGUGGAGAAGUGCAGUAAGGAAUACAACCAACUUUCUAAAGAAAUAAAGAAACUUAAAGAUUUGCUAAGUCAGCAUGGUAUUGCAUACAAAGGAAAUGCUGCUGAAAAUACCAGUGUUGAACAUGUAAGUCACAAACUGGCAACUGCAGUGACAACUUUUCUCAAUGGAUCAAAGGAUGAUGAGCACUUGCAUGGCGAUACAGGAAUUUGGAAUGACACUGUAUGA